CGCGCGCUCCUCUGCAGUUCGGCCGAGCCAGGAGCGACUUCUCGCUGCCUCUGCUCCACCUCGGAGGAAGCCCACCGCCUCACUGCCGCUCACACGCAAGACCUGAUCCGGCCCAAGUCCAGAUAAGUAGAAAGGGACGYUGCUUCGUCGUUUAGACUCAUUUAAGAUCAGUGUCGAAGGCGGUUAAAGAUAAAAAGUGCCGUUUUUAAGAUUCGGACACGACACUUAAUGAGACUUAAUAAGUGCUGAGAGAAAAUAUAGUCCGGGGUAGUUGUUCGGUGGCAACUUUAGAUUUAUUUAUUUAUUCGUUUGGUGCACCUGAGGGCAAACUGAAAUAUUCUCGGAUGAAAGAAACGCUCUCUUUCGGAUGUGAAGUUCUAUCUUCGGGAUGUAGUUUUGGCAGCUCGGGGAGGGGAGGCUCUGGACUUCCUAAGAUGAACUUUGUAACCCUCCUCUGCUCACUUUCUGCGCUCUAAGGACGCAUGAAAACAUGGGUUGAAAGCGACGGUGACGGACUGCGGGGGACGUUCAGCGUCGGUGGGAGCAACGUUUUCUGUGUUAUGUAAUGAUUGACAGCACCAGAUAAUAAGUGAUAAAUCACAACCAGCAUCACCUCCCCGUCACCCCCACCCCUCCAUCCCCUUUCCCUGGACCACACGAGGAGGAGGAGGAGGAGGAGGAGGAGGCCUUAAAUAGAUGACUUGGGAUUUAGUCAAAGAUGAUGCCAUAACUUCUGAAUACGUUGGGGAAAUGGGAUUUUAAUUUUCUUUUUGCUCUAACAGGAUUUAAAGCUAAAGAAGCUUAACAACGUUCCCUGAAAAGCCCACAUUUCUUACAUUAAGCUCAUUUAAUUGUGAGUCCUGAUGCUUCACACUCCUGACCUGCGCCAUGCUGAUGUCAAAAUGACAAGAAAUGAGACAAACCGCUCCAUCRUCAGCUCCGUUUUAAACUCUAAAAUGUCUUCAAGUCUUUGCAAACUUUGUGUCAUCUUCUGAGAUGCUAUAAUAAUGCUGAUUUUUGUUCCCAUCCUUAGGGAGAUGUAGUCGUUUUGAAACUCUUUGCUCCUUCGUAUUUGAGACUUACUGUUUCUGAACAUAAAAGCACUUAGAGGUCACUUUCAGCAGUCUUUGUYCGUGCCUCCCUCCCCCCAACUCAUCAGGGCUGGUGGGGAGGGUGGAUCGUGGCCCUUUGGGGUUAAAACUUGAGCUGGUGGUCCUAGAGGAAGGGAAUGGCUCUAAACAUGGAGUCCAGCCCGGAAAGCCCCAACCGGGCCGUGGAGUACCUCCUGGAGCUCAACAACAUCAUCGAGAGCCAGGCCAAGCUCCUGGAGACGCAGCGUCGGCGCAUCGAGGAGCUGGAGGGCCAGCUGGAUCGGGUCAGCCAGGAGAACCAGGAUCUCCGGCAGGAGGCGCGUGGCCCACGUCCCGCUGGCUCAGAACCCCCCGAGCAGAACCACAGCCAGCCCCUGACCCUCCCCAUCCAUCACGGUGGCGGCAACAGCACGGGGAAUGCGAGCGCCUCAGCAUCUCAGGUGACAGCGGGGUCAGCCACGACCCCGGGGCCCAGCAGGGAGAGGAGGGGCCACCCCAGGCUGACCCGAGGCCUUUCCUGCGGCUCCACCAACGCAGAGCGAGAGCGGCUGGAACGCACCGACAGCACCGACACCAACACCAGUUCCACCUUACGCAGAAAUGUGGAAGGAGAAGCCCCGUGUCCUGAGGCGAGCGCCCAAAAAGACAGCUCCUUUAGCCAGACGCCUUACCUCCACAGCUCCCAGCGCUACACCGACAGCAGCAGCAGCGGCGCCACUCCCUCCACCUCCAAGGGCCCUGCGAGCGUGGCCACCUCCAGCUCCUCGGCCAGUCUGGCCUGGGUGCUGCGAACGCGCCACCAGCCGGCAAGUCUGGCCCUCCGCAAGCAGGAAGAGGAGGAGAACAAGAGGUGCAAGGCCCUUUCUGACAGCUAUGAGCUCUCAACAGAUCUGCAGGAUAAGAAGGUGGAAAUGUUGGAGAGAAAGUACGGUGGCUCAUUUGUAAGCCGCAGGGCAGCUAAGACCAUUCAGACAGCCUUCAGGCAGUAUCGCAUGAAUAAAAAUUUUGAGCGCCUCCGAAGCUCGGCCUCAGAGAGUCGCAUGACACGCCGCAUCAUCCUGUCCAACAUGAGGCUGCAGUAUUCCUUCGACGAGCGCCAACCUCAGCAGCAAACACAGACCAACUUCACGCACAGCGUGGCCAUCGGGCCGCCUCAUUCCCCUGAUCCGGACCGCCCUGCAGACUACACUCACCUCGAGGACUCCUUCUCUAAGCAGGUCAAGUCCUUGGCUGACUCCAUAGACGAUGCCCUCACCUGCCGCGCGGGUCGCGAUGACUCCCAGGAGGGCAGCAGGGAUGGUGGAGGGAUGAGCGAAGACUUCGGAGAGUGCAUGUGGAGCAGCAGCAGCAACCCGUCCUCUCAGAGAGGUUUAGGAGAGCGAGGCAGGGGGGCCGGAGGGGGGCUCAGCAUGCACGGCGACAGCACGGCCACCUCUUACAGCGAUGUCACCCUUUACAUGGACGACGGCAUGCCGUCCUCGCCGCUGUCCCUGGACCGGGCUCCCAGCAGCACCGAUACGGAGUACUGGGGCCCCGGUGGYGGCGUGGGAGGCCGCGAGGACAGCAGGGACACCGAGGGAGGGGGCAGCARUAACAGUCGGCGCAGCACACCGUGCACAGAGUGCAGAGACUACCGCCUGAGAGGAGCUCACCUGCCUCUCCUCACCAUCGAGCCGCCGAGCGACAGCUCUGUGGACAUGAGCGACCGGUCAGACCGGGGCUCCCUGAGCAGACAACUGGUCUUUGAGCAGGAACCCGGGGUUGGAUCAAGCUCCCCUCAGGGAACCCUCAAACACUCCCCCAACUCAGGCAGCCACCCCUCCUCUACAGUAGCUGCUCAGGGUCAGACCAGGCCCACAGGCAGGUCUAUUCCCACACACAUCCCACACCAGGUGGCGGCCCACCACCACCAUCACCACCACCCCAUCCACCACCAUCAGUACCCUGACACACCCUCGUCCUCCUCCUCCCCCCAGCAGCCUCCCACCACCCCUCUGUCCUCCUCUUCCUCCACGGCCCUGCCACCYGGCGGUCUGGAGCAGCCGUGCUGCUCGGACGGGGACAACGACUCGCUCAACUCCACGACCAACUCCAACGAGACCGUCAACUGCAGCUCGGGCUCCUCGUCUCAGGACAGCCUGCAGGAGCCGCUGCCUCCUCUGGGCAAACAGACGUAUCAGAGAGAGAGCCGCCACAGCUGGGACUCCCCGCCCUUCAACAGUGACGUGGUGCAGAGACGCCAGUACCGCAUCGGUCUCAAUCUCUUCAACAAAAAGCCAGAGAAGGGCAUCCAGUACCUGAUAGAGAGAGGAUUUGUGUCGGACACACCUGUUGGGAUCGCUCGYUUCCUCCUGGAGAGAAAGGGCCUCAGCAGGCAGAUGAUUGGAGAGUUUUUGGGAAACCGACAAAAACAAUUCAACAAAGAUGUUUUAGACUGUGUGGUGGAUGAGAUGGACUUCUCAGGGAUGGACCUUGAUGAUGCCCUGAGGAAAUUCCAGGCCCAAAUCAAAGUUCAAGGAGAAGCUCAAAAAGUGGAAAGACUCAUCGAGGCAUUCAGUCAGAGGUAUUGCGUGUGUAAUCCCACGUUGAUUCGGCAGUUCCAGAACCCUGACACCAUCUUCAUCUUGGCCUUUGCCAUAAUUCUACUCAACACGGAUAUGUACAGUCCCAACAUCAAAGCUGAGAGGAAGAUGAAGCUGGAGGAUUUCAUCAAGAAUUUGAGAGGUGUCGACAAUGGUCAGGAUAUUCCCAGGGACCUGUUGGUCGGGAUUUACCAGCGAAUACAGAAAUGGGAGUUAAGAACCAAUGAUGACCACGUGUCCCAAGUGCAGGCCGUGGAGAGGGUCAUUGUUGGCAAGAAGCCUGUACUAUCCCUUCCUCAUCGUAGACUGGUGUGUUGCUGCCAGCUUUACGAGGUCCCUGACUCCAACCGACCUCAGAGGACAGGAGUUCACCAGCGAGAGGUCUUUCUCUUUAACGACUUACUGGUGGUGACYAAAAUCUUCCAAAAGAAGAAAACCUCAGUGACUUAUAGUUUCAGACAAUCGUUUCCUUUGGUUGACAUGCAAGUCCACAUGUUCCAGAACUCUUAUUACCCUCAUGGCAUCCGCCUGACCUCAGCCAGCCUGGGCGGGGAGAGGAAGGUUCUUAUUGUCUUUAUGGCACCCAGUCAGCAAGACCGCACCCGGUUUGUUAGUGACCUCAGGGAGAGUAUUGCUGAGGUGCAAGAGAUGGAGAAAUACAGAGUUGAAUCGGAGCUGGAGAAACAAAAAGGUGUUAUGCGACCCAGCUUGUUAACUGGAAGUGUUGUUGGAGGAGGCGUAGGCGUGAAGGGCGACGUUGUGAACGGCACCUUGGGAAGGACCAGUUUUGAUGACAACUGCUCAGUGGGUGAGGGUCUCAAACGCACGGCGCUCAGCUCAUCUCUCAGGGACCUCUCAGAUACAGGGAAACGUGGUCGCAGGAACAGUGUUGGUUCUCUGGACAGCACUAUGGAAGUAAGUCUCAUAAAGACUUGCAGCAACUUAUUGCUUUCCCCCUCACUGGUUUCCAGUUUUCCUGAGCGCUCAGUGUUUAUGCACAAUCUGAAUAACCUUGCAUGUAUUUGUGUCCCGCACUGACACCUUUUGCAUGGCUGUGUGUGUUUAACCGUGUCCGAGCGUGUAAUUACAACCAAGCAUUGUUGCUUUUCAGUGGUUUUUAUGAAGCCUGAUGAGCUUUUAUGU